AUGCCGCCGUUGAAUAGAUCUAAAAGUUUCGAAGAAGAGUAUGUAAACGAAUAUUUUUUGAAGCAAAGAGUAGUCGGUGAUCCUGCUCCAAUAGGACUUUUUGCAUUUGGAACGACACAGCUCAUUUAUUCUUUGUAUCUUAUUCAAAUAGCCAAUGUUACUAAUGAACAAGUUGGGCUCGGUUCUGCUUUAUUUUAUGGUGGCCUUAUUCAAGUAAUUUCUGGAAUGUUUUUAUUAUAUUCUGGUAAAACACUUGGUGCUACUAUUUUUUGUUCCUACGGUGGUUUCUGGAUCUCUUUCGGAUUUGUUCACCUUCCAAGUUCUGGAAUCAUUGACUCAUUUAAAGAUGAUCAAUUGAUGUUUAGAAAUGCCAUUGGAAUUUAUCUUGCCGUAUGGGCUAUUUUUUCAUUUUUAAUGAUAAUUGCCUCCUUAAGGACUACUGUUUUAGAAAUUUUAUGUUUAACUUGUGUAUUUAUAGUUUUUAUCUUUCUUGUUAUCGCUAGUUUUACCGGUUUAACUGUUUGUUAUCGUAUUGGUGGAUGUUUUGGUGUGAUAGGAACAAUUUGUGCAUGGUAUAUAGGAAUGGCUCAUUUGCUUACUAAAGAUGUUUCAUAUUUCAUAUUACCACUUUUCCCGAUAAACCAUCCCCCGAUAGCCGACUCAGAAUCAUCAAGAAAUGUUUAG